AGGCACUGAGGUGGAUUGAGUUACAUGAGAAGCACACGCCACUGUCACAAAACUUCAGGUCUACCACCAUCCACUGAAGCUGGCACCAAUCUCAACUCAACCAGAUGGUGAUACUCGAUGUGUUAAUAAUAGGGGCUGGUCCUCAUGCCUUGACCCUUGCUAGCCUGCUAUCCAACACCGACCCUGAUGCAAACUCAGACCCAGGACAUGACUCACCCCUCUCCCCUUUCUCCUCGGACCCUCUGAGGCCUCAGACAAACCAAGAGACACCCAACAACAACAAACGCUGCAGCGGCAAGAAGAAAAGGAGAGCGAGAGCUGUCUCCACAGGCCUGACACUGGAGGAGCGACUAGAAAAGUCAAUGGUAUCAAAGAGGGUCAACUGCCAGCCGAUGAAUCUUCGAGUGGUAGACUCCUAUGGAGAGUGGACCUCUCUGUGGGAGAGCCAGUUCACAGCUCUGAACAUCCCUCAUCUGCGCUCACACACACUGGUGCACACAGACCCUCUCAAUAAGAAAGCGCUGCAGGAGUUUGUUAUAAAGUCUGAUCGUUCAGCGGAGCUUCACAGUCUUCCAGAUCAGAUUUAUAUUCUGGAUGAAAACGCAUUUUUCAAUGACAUGAGGCUCGGACAGAAGGAGAGGAAACGUCUCAACAUCACCUCAACACUGAAGAAGAGUUUAUCCUUCAGUCUGCCAGGAACCAAACUCAGUGUGGAUUUCUUUAAAGAUCAGGUGGACAGAUACAACCUGGACAAAGUGCUGACGAAGGGAACAGUGGAGCGCAUCACUCCUGUGACUGAGGACAAGGAAGAGAUGGAGGAAGAGACUGACAGGAUAAAAGUGGAUGAGGCCGUGAGAGUGACUGAAGGGAAGAGGGUAAAAUAUUUUCAAGUCCAACUUCAAGAUGGUGUCAUCCUAAAAGCCCGCCAGGUUGUUAUGGCGACAGGUCCAACCCGUGCCCAGAUGGCAAACAUUCCUUCAUGGGUGAAAGGUAUUGGAGAGAGCUACCCAGACGAGCGCUUGCAACACACAGUGCACCUCAUGCACCACCUGCCAACUGCUCGGCAAAAACUAAAAGACAUUCAGAAAGAGACUUCCUCCACUCAAGAACUGUGUGUAGUGUGUGAGGCAGGGCAGAGAGUAUUGGUAGUUGGUGGAGGUCUGACCAGCGCUCAUGUCGUCUCAAUUGCCCUGCAGCAAGGUGCCAGCCAUGUCACAUGGGUCAUGAGGAAGCACCUUCAGUUAAAGCAGUUUGAUGUGGGCGACGUGGAGAGCUUGGUGGGCCGUUACUCUCACGUGGAGCACGGCAUCAAGAUGGAUGGCCAAGCCUACCUGCGGCAGUUCUACAAUGAACGUAGUCUCCACAAACGGCUGGCUAUGAUUCGCCAGGCGAGGAAAGGAGGAGCCGUAACACCAGAGGCCUAUAUCCACCUGCAGCCGUUCAUUCUGAAUGGACAGGUGGACGUGAGGACAUACUGUCAGGUGAGUGAAGCCAGCUGGUGCUACAGGAGUCAGGCCUGGAGCCUCUCCCUCAGCACUGGGGACCACUGGACUGGAGACAUGAUCUGGCUCGCCACCGGCUGCAAACUUGAUGUCAAACAGGACCCUUUACUUUCUGAGGUGAUGAAGGAAUUCCCCAUUCAGGUAUUAGAUGGCUGGCCAUGCAUAUCAGAAAGCUUACAGUGGGCAGAAGGGUGCCCGCUCUACCUGAUGGGGCAGUACACCGCUCUACGGGUUGGACCUCAUGCAGUAAACCUGGCAGGUGGACAGGCUGCCAGCAUGCGGAUCGCCAAAGACAUCAUGCGCCAUCAACAACACGACAACACAGAGGCUUCUGAACUGAGUGGGGAGAAAUCUAAAACUGAAGAAUAUAUUCAACAGAUGCAAGGCCUGCUGUGGCUUUAACUUUACAGUUUAGCCUGAGAGGCUCGUGAGUGAGCAGUCAUCUAUUCUUGAUUAUCCAGGUCAAAGGAAAAUAAAAUCAGCCCUUUGUGGCUUUGAUUAAAUGGAAUGAACUUAAAAUGCUG